GCCAGAGAUUAAUAAUGACUAAUAACUGAGUACAGAGAGGUGAGUGAAGAAGAAACACAGAAUCCCCACACUUACUGCAGCUUAACUAAGGGAGGAUUCAAGGUCACCUGGUCCAGCCCUAACUAUAUGCUUCAUCAAAAAGAAAAGUUUUAACCCUGAUCUCAAAAGUAGAGAUAGUGUCUGUCUCCAGAAUCCAAAUUGGGAGCUGGUCCCAAGUGAAAUCUAUCAGGCCAAAAAUCUAUUUUAGAUAGAUCUAUCUGUUUAUUAAAUAUGUGGUUUAUGGUGAGUUGAGUCCAUAGAUCACAGCAGUUGGUGAAUGUCACGUUUCGCUGUCUGCCAGAAAAAGACCGAGAAGCGUCGUUUCUGCUUUGAAGACGUGCUCGCUUUAUUUUGAAGGUACAGACCGGAUAUGGUGGUUCUUUGGUUUUGACAUGUGUAGCUUGACAAAUGUACUGACGUUAGCACGCAGGAUAAACUUGUGCUGGAGAAGGAUAACGGGCUAGUGAUGGAAGAGGAGCCGGGCCGGUAGAAGCGGCUCUGAAGAGCAGCAGUCAUGGGCGAUGAGCUGCUGUCGGAGGACGACUUCUUGUUGUGGUCUGAAAAGGAUUUUCACGAUGCUGCCAAAAGAAAUGACACAUGGAAAAUGCAAGAACUCAUCAAGAAGGGUGUGGACGUCAAUGCCAAAAACAAAGUAGGCCGAAAAGCACUGCACUGGGCAGCAGGAGCUGGGAAUGAACAGGCUUUGCGUCUCCUACUGGAGCAUGAUAUGGACAUUAAUGAGACUGACAGUUUUGGGAUGAAUGCUCUGCUUCUGGCAUCCUGGUUUGGUCACCUAAACAUCCUACAGAUCCUGGUGUCCUGUGGAGCCAAGCUCAACUCUGAAAACAAAGAUGGUCUGAAUAUGCUGCACUGUGCUGCUCAGCGAGGACACAUCAGAGUAUUGGAGUUCAUCUUGGAGCACCUAGAAGGCAUCAGUCUAGAUGGAGUUGAAAAGUCAGGGAAGACAGCUCUACACCUAGCUGCUGAACAUGGACAGCUUGAAGCAGUUGAAUUUCUGAUUGGAAUGGGUUACAUGCCUGGUUUGAAGGACAAGAAAGAAAACACGCCUAUGCACCUAGCAGCAAGCAAAGGGCACGCAGAGAUCCUACAGAAGAUCCUAGAGACUGGUGUCAGUGUGGAUAAAAGGAAUAUAGAUGAUCUCACACCAUUGCACACGGCAGCUGACGGAGGUCACUAUGAAUGCGUUAGACUUCUGCUGGAUUCUGGCUGUAAUGUCAAUGCACAAACUAAUAGAAAAAUGAAUGCUCUCCAUUAUGUGGCACAGCAUGGUCAUGACAGAGAGGCCAGCUUGCUGCUGAAGGCAGGAAUCAAUGUAGAUGCUAUAAACAAUCAACACUGCACACCACUCCACCUGGCUGUUUUCAACAAUCACACAAAAGUUGUACGAUUGCUUAUCGAUGCUGGCAGCAACCUGAAUGCCACUGACAUUAGGCAGCAGACCGCACUACACAUUGCCUCAGAACAUGGCUGGCAUGACCUGGCUGAGAUGAUGCUGAUUUCUAGAGUUAGUCUCAGUCUAACUGAUAAGCAGGGAAAAACAUGUCUGGAAGUGGCAGCAAGAGGAAACCAUGUCGUCCUGGUGGACAUGAUAAUUAAAGCUGACCGUUUUUCUAAAUGGGAGAAGGUAAGUGUUGCUAACGCUAUAUUAAUACUAAAUACACUCUCCUUAUAUGAAAUCUGUGCUCAUAUUCGAUAAAUACAUUUUCACUCUUUUCCAGCGUAUCAGCACCCAUGUCCUGUUGAGUUUUUCACAUUAUAUACAUAUUAAUUGUUUUGGAUUUUGUAAUAAAAAAAAAAUCCUGGCAUACAGGCAUAGUUAUAAAGAACGAGAACAACUCAGAGCAUACACUAGGUCUCCAAGAUAAUUAAAACAUAAGAAACCAGGAAGGGGCAUGUAAAGGAAUUUCUUUUACUUAUGUAUUAAUCACAUUAUUUUAUUGUAUGAUAUCUUGGUGCCACUGGAUUUUAACAUGUCUCACACUCAUACAGUAAGACAA